AUUCCUGUGGUCUCAGAGUGUAAUUAUGAUGAAGGGAGCGUUUCCUCGGUCUCUCCUUCAGAUCAGAGUUUCUAACCUUCAGUGUGAACUCACGCUCACGCGCCGGGACGAGACCUUCGAAAUAAGAGCUCAGUGUUUACCGCGCCUUUUACCACCACGUAAACAGUUAGCUUCAGCUGCUCACAGUUAGCCCUCCUGAGAGGCUGUAAACCAACACAAAGCUGCUGCAGUGGCUUCAGGCUUUCACUAUGGAGCCUUAAGUGGAAGUGCAGCAACAACAAACCCUCAGAGGUCAUUUUAACUGAUACGAAUCUAAAGAGUUAAAGAGGAGGUGAAGCAGACUCAGCUCUGAGGCUCUGAUAUUGGAUUAUCACCUGCAGCUGCAGAGAUGUCUCAUGCCACCAGCCAUGGGAAGCUGCUCCUGCAGCGUCUCCAUCAGCAGCGAGAGAUGGACUUCCUGUGCGAUAUCACCAUCAUGGUGCGAGACGUGGAGUUCAGAGCCCACCGGAACAUCCUGGCUGCGUUCAGUAAAUACUUCUCUGCCAGAGCGGAGAAAGGUCAGGAGGUCACGACUCUGGACCCGGAGAAGGUCAGCCGGUAUGCUCUGGAGAAGCUUCUGGAGUUCGUCUACACUGGACACAUGAACCUCAGCAGUACGAGACAGGCAGCUGUGCGUCGAGCCGCUGUGUUCCUGGGGAUGUCUGAGGCCAUCAAGUAUCUGGAGGAAAUCACCCACUGGUCUGAGCCCAGCGAGACCUCCCAGUCCGAGGCAGACAAAGAAGCCGGUCUCUCUCCUCCCAGUCCAGCCUCUCCGGGCAGCCCCAGUUCUCCUGUUCCUCUGUCUAUCAUCUCUGUAGCUGUGGGGGACUGGCACGAGGGGGAGGAGGAGAAAGACAAGGAUGAUGAAGGAGAGUUUUACGGGGAAGAGGGAGAGAGAAGUGAUGAAGAGUUCAGUCCCACCACACUGAGGAGUGCAGGGAGAGGACAAGGAAGGAAGAGAGGCAGGAAGCCCAAGAGUUUCAGCGGAGAGCAGGCGGAGGCGAGCAGCUCAGCUGACGGCACACCCAAAACAUCAGGCUACAGGGGGAGGGGGAGAGGAAGGGGCAGGGGCAGGGGGAGAGGGAGAGGAAGAGGAAGAGGAAGAGGGAGGGGAAGUCAUAAAACAGAAGAUCUGUCUUUAGAGGAUUCUGACCCCAGUGUGAAGGAUUUUGGGGACACGUCAGCGGACUGGAGCCCCUCACAGGAGGAGGAUGAAGACAAUCCAGCGAAGAAACCUCGACUGAGCAGCGGAGGGGGGCGGAGAGGCCGAGGGCGGGGCAGAGGGAGAGGCAGGGGGCGAGCCCGGAGGAGGGCGUACGAGGAGGACGAGGACAGCGGCGGGGCGGGGACCGAUAACGACGAACUGGAGGAGGGCGAACUCGGGGAUCGGUCAGAAAUGGACGAUCUGACGCUGUCGUGCACCGAGUGCAACAAACUGUUUAAAGACGCCAGCAGCCUGCGGCGACACGAGAAGAUCCACAAGGGGCUGAAACCGUUCGUCUGCAUCUUCUGCUCCAAAACGUUCAGACAGGCUACGCAGCUGAAGACGCACCUGCGCAUACACACAGGAGAGAAGCCGUUCACCUGCACCGAGUGUGACAAGUGUUUCGCUCAGAAGUGUCAGCUGGUCGCUCAUCGCAGGAUGCACCACGGGGAGGAGAAGCCGUACACGUGUGAGCGCUGCGGCUUCAAGUUUGCUACCUCAUCAAACUACAAAAUACACAUCAGACUGCACAGCGGGGAGAAGCCGUACGUGUGUGACGUCUGUGGUCAAGCGUUCGCUCAGUCCAGCACGCUCACCUACCACAAGCGACGACACACAGGAGAGAAACCGUACCAGUGCGAUCUGUGCGGCAUGUCCUUCUCCGUGUCCUCGUCGCUCAUCGCCCACGCACGGAAACACACAGGUGAGACUCCGUACAAAUGUCCACAGUCGUCAUGUGAUGCCAGUUUUGUGACGUCUUCAGAGCUGAAGAAACACAUGAGGAGACUUCAUCCGGAGGGGAACAACGGGGUGCAGUGUCUGCUGUGUGGAAACAGGUUCGCCAGCGUGAAGAACAUGAUCAAACAUCAGGAGAAAGCUCACGCUGACGAGGUGCGGCAACACAAGGAGCGAGCCCGAGCAGUGGUCCUCCUGGCCUCCAGUCAUCCUGUGGCCUUCGUCCAGAGCAAACUCUCCCAUGAAAACAAAGGUCUGGCGUCCAUCCCUGAAGGCGAGCCCCCCAACCCCGACCCAGCAACCCCCAACCCCAAGGCCACGGCUCCAUCUGCGGCCACCACCUCCGAAGACCCUGACGCCACCCAAACCAUCAUCCAGGACUUCAAGGCGGAGCCAGCUCACCCGCCAAUCACCACCGCCGAGCAGGUGACCUUCGAACCGGACCAGGAGCAGACCAUCAACUCGGACACGCUCCACGCUCUGGUGGAGCAGCUGCGGCCGCCGCCCUCCCCCGCACAGAGCCUGGAGCAGAUCGUCAUCAUCAGGACGGUGGAUAACGCUGAACACAACCCACCUCAACAGUGAGACGGACACUCAGUCAUUUCUACAAAGAACAUCUGGUAUGUGACGGUCUGGGUCUUUUAACAGAACUUCAAAUCAUCAACUCGUUCCCUGAUUUAAAUCUGACCUGCUGUACUCUCACAGUGUGCCAUCGACUGUAUGAAAUGGUGGAUGACCUCUCAGUGUACUAAAGUGAAACCAAAACAACCCCAUGAUGGUGGUGCUAGCAUAUUGUUUAUUUAGAGUCAGAGACCAAGAGCUUCCUGUAAUGACAGAAACCAUGUUUGAAAAUGUUCCAUCUGUUGACUUAAAGGAGGCGGGCUUUAUGAGCUGUACUGCAGCCAGCCAGUAGUGGGAGCUGUAAAUGUUUUGGCCUCACUUCUAGAGAGCUGUCACGUCGUCCAUCGUUAUACACAGUCUGGUGUGUGCUCAGUUUUCUAGUUUAACCCCAGAUUAUCACCAACAUUUGAAGUGAACAAGUCUCAGUUUGACAUCUGAACGGAGAGGAUGAGAUCAUCAGAUGUACAAAGAAAAAUCUUACAUGACCUUUUUACUGACUUCCUGUCUGCUGUUCUUUUGAGUGGGCGUUCAAAUCGAAACAGAGUUCCAGAGACUGAAAGCAGAAUGUAGAGAGUCAUGUAAACUGGAAAUCUGUGAAUUUGAAAAUAAUUUCUAGAGAACUCGCACCAUGUUUUUUUUAACUGCUGUAGCUGUAACAAACUGCAGCAAUCACAUUGAACACAAAAUUCAGUGCAGCAUCAGUUCAAACAGAUCCUAAUGGAUUCCAGGAUCAGUGUCGCCCGGGUCACUUCCCUUCCUGUUCGUCAGCAGGAGUCUUUUUUAGUUAUUUAUUUUUCUACAUAAUAAGGACAUAUUUUAAUCAGUUUAGAGCCAUGUACAGAUUAACGGGGCAUUUCUGAUGACUCAGUGGAGUUAGUAAGUCAGGAAAGAAGGAGAAGAGCCUGAUAUGUGCAGUCCGAAAACUUAUAUUUUAUUUUACAAGAGAACAAGAGAAGAAGAAACUCUGGAUUUAGUUACAAAACUUUGGCUCCAGUUUCAGUAAAAAUAAUCAUCAGUCCGUAUUCAGAGCUAUGUGUCUUUUAAUUUCUCAUUCUGUGCGACUGCAAAGUAAAAAUGUGUGUUCCAUCUUUUACAGCCAUUAUUAAACCCCCCCUUUAUUCUAUUCUAUCUAAAGCUCACCAGAUCAGACUUUACCCAAACACCUGAGACUAAUGAUGAGAUACGAGUCCACAUAGAGAAAUGUUAAAGUGUUUAAAGAUAUUAAAUUGACUCUUUCUUUUUUAUAGAUGAUAUAUAGUUAAUACCAGACUUACUAACGCUCUAGUGUUAAAAUGUGAUGUUGGCUUGAUUCAUGAAAACCCUGUUAAUACAGACCCAGGUUCCUCCUUCAGUGUAAGAUAGUUUUGUAUUUUUCUUUAACGUGUUGCUGCAACAAGUUAGAAAUCUGCGUUGUACACAAGUUGUGUUUGUCAACUUGAAAGUAGCUGUUUUUUUGUUAAGUUGUUGAUUUAUAUUUUUUAUUUUGGAUAAUGUCUCUGCAUUACUUGUACAGAAAUGUGAAUUACACGUACAAGCUCACUACUGUAUAAAAAACUGUACACCGAGAUAAUAAAAAUGAAGACAAAAAGGGA